UCAACAUGGGUUGGUUGAAAGAAAUUAGUUUAGUAUUAACUGUAAGCUGUCUAGCAGUUUUGGCUACAGACAGUGGUAAAACUUCCAGUGAUGAAGGUCGUGUUAUUGGCGAUCAAGAUGUAAGGCUUUUAAUUAAUCCUUUUGCAUUCUUGCAAACGAAAACUACUACUACACCCAAGCCGGAACGUCCCACAACUAUUGUAGUAAAGCCUCCCUAUCACUACCCCUACUAUCCACAUUACCCAAUGUAUCCUAAUUAUCCUAAUGAUGAUUACUAUCCACACAAGCCACCACACCCAUCGUACCCAACACAUCCACCGCAUCCAACACACCCUACACAUCCCACACAUCCAACUCCACCUGGUCCUACAUUCAAUCCUACACCACCUAUGGAACCACCUACAGCCCAUCCACAUCCACCAGUGUACCCGACACAUCCUCCAGUGUAUCCACAACAUCCACCAUUGUAUCCUCAUCAUCCACCAUUCUAUCCACAGCACCCACCUAUGUAUCCCUUUUAUCCCCCUGGAUUAUCCCAGCCACCAUUUGGUUACUAUCCCUGGUUGUACCCUGGCGGUCAACCUCCUUAUAUUGUGGUCGUACAUCCACCAACUAAGAAACCCACACUUCCUGAUAUUCCCAAUGUGCCCGAUGUACCAAAUGUGCCCGAUAUUCCCAAUGUGCCUGAUAUUCCUAAUGUACCCGAUGUACCCGGAAAUGGUAAUAAAGUUCACUUCAGAUACCAAGCAGCCAGACGUCCUACGUACCAAUAUGUUCAAAAUGGCAGAAUGAUUGAUGAAUUACAAGCUGCUCCAGAAGACAUGGCUGAAGAUUAUCACUAUCAACAACAACAGCAAAAACCACAACAACAACAAGAAAACAGUAAUGACGAUGAAAUGCUUGGUCGUAAUAUAAGAUUGGAUGGUGUCUCUAUUACAGCUGAUUCUGCAGAGGAUAAUGAUUCUAUCACCGUUGAUACCAAGGAUAUUAAGCUGCCCUUUGGCUUACACUUGGUCGCUCAUCCACCAACCGGCAGAAAAGUCAAAGAUCAAGAAGCCUUGAUCUACUUAAGAAAUUUCAAGAAAGGCAGACAACUCCAGGAAGUUGAAACAGCUUGAAAAUGGUAUAAUUAUCGAAUGUAAAAAAAUGAUAAAUAAAAAAAAU